AUGCCCGACGAAAAGAAACUCCCUUGGGGAAUAAACUCAACGAAACCUGGUUCAGCAAAGACCCUUACAAAAACAAAGCUGCAGGCUUUUAGCAUUGGAACGCAUAAAAAAACACCUUUCCAAAAACAUAAAGAAGAGUUAGAAUUAAAGAAGAAGCAAGAAUCGGAAGAAGCGGCAAAAGUAUACGCUGAAUUUGUAGCAUCGUUCGAAAAGGAAGAAGGGACAGGGAAAGCAUUCGUCAAAGGCGAAACAAUUGUGCCUAAACUUUUAUUCGACCACGAUGCAAUAAACAUCAAAAAAGAAACCACACAACCUGCUGCACCGCCUAAAAUUUAUAAACCCCAGCCAUUCAUACCCGCAUCCAAGCAAACCCAACCAGAACCAAAGGCUAGCAGCACAGAUGAAAAUAUAGAUGAGGAUGAAGAUAAGAGAGAGGAAAAAUCAAGGGGGAAGCGUAAUCUUGAUGCAUUUUUAGAGGAAAUUAAACGUGAACAAGAAGAAAGAGAGGAUCGUCUUAGGCAAAAACACGCAAAGCUGGCCGGUGCUGGGGUAUUGUCAGAUCAUGUGUCUAAACCGCCUUCGACAUUGUGGAUCGAUCUAGAUAUUGGUGGAAAUGACGAAUUUUUACCUACUUCUCUCACUGUUAAAGCAGCUUUCGAGGAUCGACCUGGUUCUCAUGACACUGGCGAUCCUAAUACGACCAAUCUUUAUGUUGGGAAUAUAAGCCCUGAAGUAAAUGAGGAAAUGCUUUGUAAAGAGUUUGCCAAGUAUGGUCCUAUCGCCAGCGUUAAAAUAAUGUGGCCACGUACGCAAGAGGAAAAGGACCGGAAUCGUAAUUGCGGAUUCGUUAGUUUUAUGGAUCGAGAAUGUGCAGCGCUGGCCUUAAAAAAUAUGGAUGGAAAGGAGCUGCUUGGUUAUGUUAUGCGAGUUGGCUGGGGUAAAGCCGUACCAAUUCCACCUCAGCCUAUAUAUGUUCUAAAAGAGGGCGGCAGACCACCUCCAAGUGGACUUCCUUUCAAUGCACAGAUGGCUAAACAUAGGUUGGAAGUAAUGUUGCGAAAACUGACCUUCGAACGAGGUGUAAUUGCAAAGGCAAUGUCUUUUGCUAUCGAUCACUCCGAUGCUGCAGAUGAGAUAGUAGAUAUAAUUUGCAAGGCACUCGCAAUCAAGGAAACUCCCAUAGCAACUAAAGUUGCCAGAUUAUAUUUGGUUUCCGAUAUUCUGCACAAUAGUAGUGUUUCCAUUCCCAAUGCAUGGAAAUUCAGAACCGGAUUUGAGGGUAGGUUGCCGGAAAUAUUUGAACAUUUAAACGAGGUGUAUAGGUCCAUCACAGCGAGAUUGAAAGCAGAGACAUUUAGGCCGUAUAUUGAAUCUUUAACAAACACUUUCAUGAAGCUCACAAAAGAAGGAGAUAGUACUCUUAAUUCAAUAUCACAAUCGUCUAGUAAUGAUAGCAAUAAUGGUUUGGAUGGUACCACAACAAAGUCGGAACUUGAAAAUGAAUCACCAAUACAAUUUCAGGCUGGUGGAUUAUUGGGAGUCAAAACGAAGUGGGAUGAAGAGGGCGAGGAUGAAAAUAACAAUCAAAAAAAUAUUUCGAAGGAUAAUUCACCAUCACCGGCAAAACGUGCACGAUUCGCUGUAGAUUAUGAGAUGGAGCAAGAAAUGAACAUAACAGGAAUUGAAAAAUUCGGGCAUGGUUAUGACGAGAUUAGAAAGUCUAAGGCCGAAAGUGAUGUCGAUGAUAUCUUUGCUUAG